AUGGCCGCCACGGCACAGUACCUGCCGCGCAGCGCCGCGCUGAUGCACCCUGACGGGGACCGGCUGCACCAGGGCACCACGUACCGCGAGGUGCAGAAGAUGAUGCACCACGAGUACCUGCAGGGGCUGGCCCCCGCCGCCGGGCACGCCGUCGGGCUGGCGCACCACCAGUGGCUGCCCAGCGCCGGCACGGACUGGGGCAGCGGCGGGGGCGGCGGGGGCGCGCACCUCCCGCCCGCCGAGCACGCCAAGGGCGGCCCGCCGGGACCCCGCGAGGAGCUGUCCGCCGCCGCUUUCCACCACCGCCCGCACCUGGUGCACCAACCGGCGGCGGCGGCGGCGGGCGGCGCGGCGGGCGGCUGGGCGCAGGGCGGAGCGCACCACCUGCCGCCCAUGUCGCCGCCGUCGGGGCAGCCGCUGCUCUACGCGCAGCCCUACGCGGGCCUCAACGGGAUGCUGGGCCCGCCGGCGCCCGCGCUGCACCACGGGCUGCGCGAUCCGCUGGGCGCCGAGGAGGCGGGCGCCCAUGAGCUGGCGGCCUCGCCGCCGCCGUUGGGGCCGCCCGAGCCGUCGGAUGAGGACGCGCCCAGCUCCGACGACCUGGAGCAGUUCGCCAAGCAGUUCAAGCAGCGGCGGAUCAAGCUGGGCUUCACGCAGGCCGACGUGGGGCUGGCGCUGGGCACCCUCUACGGGAACGUCUUCUCGCAGACGACCAUCUGCCGGUUCGAGGCGCUGCAGCUGAGCUUCAAGAACAUGUGCAAGCUGAAGCCGCUGCUCAACAAGUGGCUGGAGGAGACGGACUCCAGCACGGGCAGCCCCACCAACCUGGACAAGAUCGCGGCGCAGGGCCGGAAGCGCAAGAAGCGCACCUCCAUCGAGGUGGGCGUCAAGGGCGCCCUGGAGAACCACUUCCUCAAGUGCCCCAAGCCCUCGGCGCACGAGAUCACCUCCCUGGCGGACUCCCUGCAGCUGGAGAAGGAGGUGGUGCGGGUCUGGUUCUGCAACCGGCGGCAGAAGGAGAAGCGCAUGACGCCGGCCGGGGUCCCGCACCCGCCCAUGGAGGACGUUUACGCACAGGCGGACACGUCGCCGCUGCACCACGCGCUGCCCGGCGCCGUGCAGUGACUGCCCGGCCCCGCCGCCGUCCGCGGCCCCGACGGCGGCGGGAGCGGGCGGCGGGAGAGACGCGCUUUAAUUUAUUCCUCAGACUGGCCCGGCCGCGCCCGCUCCGCGCUGUAUUUAUUCGCCCGCCACGGGCGCCCUGCGCGCCGGAGCCGCCCGCGGCCGCAGCAGCAGUAGCCAAAGGUUUGCGAUCUCUAAUU